AUGGUGUGGGCUCUUGUGAAGGGCGAUGUUGGUCUCCAGUACACGGACCUGACAAAGUACUCUGAGGUGAAGAUUGAUGCACUCGAGUCGGAUGAAGGAUCCUCUGCAGGAAGUUGUAGCAGCGACGACGAAAGUCAUAUUGAUUAA